AUGCCACUCUUCCAUUACAACCACACCUCCCCUUCUUGGUCUUCUUCCCACCGGCCAAAGGAGCCUUCAGCGUUGUCAGCAGCGGCGCUGCGAUUGCACACGCGAGGCCCGGUGCGCCACGGCCCUUUACUGCCUCGCACAGACUCCUCCGCCUCUUCCUCCACUCACGGAUCGCCCGCGACUACUACUCUACCUGGUGUUGCUGGCGUUGCUCGGCGAACGUCUUCAUCUUCAUCCUCUUUCACCAGCACGUCGUCCCUCUUCGAUCGCCAAAGUCCAGAUCGAGAAGGUCAGCGUCACCGUCUGGUUCGAGCCAGGUCGCAGACUCUCGAGAGCGCUGGUACCACAGUGAUCACCGAGUCGCCGGCCUCUUCCGCAUCGCCUGCCUUCUUUGAGCAUCAGAAGGGUGCUCGAGUAGUACAGUGCAUCGGUUAUCUCCCCGGUCAGGCGCCGAGCGACGAGGGCGCGCUCACGACUUCCUCGACAACCUCAUCGGCUAACACCCUCAGCCACGAGCAGUGCGCAUCAUCGUCUUCACACCCGCCAGGAGCUAGAGCGUUUCCUGGUCUACAUGGACGCUCACUCUCGGAUACUGUCCAGCGCGCUCAGGCAGCGUCCAUCGUCCUCGGCACCACACAUCAGAUCUCGCCAAGGCGUAGAGCGUCAGCGUCUUUCCUCGUUCUAUCGCCCGUCCAAAUAGACAUCGACGAGCCACUCUUAGCAGCUGUUCUACCUUACCUCUCGACUGAAGAGCUGGAAGCACACAGCGAGUCUGCUUAUCAGGGCGGCAAAGAAUUUGUCACCGUCAGCGGAGGCGCUUUUCACGAGGACAGACAUUCCGAGAACCCGAACAAUUCCUCGACUGUCGAAAAGUGGUCCUCCUCUCUCAAGUCGCGUCGCCUCAGACCUCCUCCUAUUGUCGUCCCCCAACGGACGUCGAGCCAGGCCUCGCGACUCGGAGUGGUGGAUAGAGGCGCCGACACGGCAAAGCAAGCAGUCGGUGAAGGUAGAAGCUCAAGGAGGCCGUCCAUCAGAGGUCGUCCGCCUGCGGCGCCUUCGCAGGCCCUGGCUCGAAGCCUUCGCAGAGCAACAUCCCAGAGCGCGCUGCCAUCGGCCUGUGCAACCAUGGCUGCCGACGGAUCUUCAGGGUCCAGCUCUGGUGCUGGACUUGGCAUAGGGAUGAGUCGAGCUGGGGGUAAUGCGAGCUCGUCAAGUCUUACCGUAGGCGGAAGCAGUCACGAUUCUUGGAGACGGCCUUCCAUGGUCAGCAGCGGCUCGAGGGGAUGGGACAGUGAGGGUGAUGAGGAGGACUUUGAGGAGAUCUUGGCCACGCCUGGCGUAUCUGCCGGCAUUCCCAUUGGUAGGGCCGGAUCUGCAGCGCUCGCCCGCAAAUCCUCUGCCAGCAGCAUCGCGAGCAGCGCCAGUGGGCUCAGCUCCUCGACCUCGCAUGGCAUCCAGAGCCGUGCAAGCCGCAGAGUCCCAACAGCUCUCGAGAUUAGUGAGAGUCACUUGGUCAGUCCCUCCUUGCAGAAUUCCCCUCGCACUCGAAGUGGUUUCAAUUCAAAUAGCGGAGACGACUUGCCUGGCGCAAAGGCCCGCAAAUUGCUUGGCAUCAAGUCGAGCAGCGGAUUCGAUGUCAGUCCAAAUGCCGACUCUUUCAAUGAAGGCUAUGCGUCUAGCUCGAGCAAAGGCUCCUCACGGUUGGGCCUGAAAGCUGCUUUCAAAUCGAAGCGCUCCAGCAAGGCUGCGCUAUCAUCCACCUCGCGCAUGUUCGGCCGUCAUUCCGGCCAGGCCAGCGCUGAUGGAACAGGUCCUCCUUCCACGCAGAACGCGUUGACGUCUCCAGGUUCAGAUGCAAGCUUUGCGCAACGCCAGCGCGAUUCGAGCGAGAAUAACAGCCUCAGCCCUUCAUACUCUCAAGAAAGCGCCUUUUCAACCUCAUCCUACCCAGCUUCGCCAUCCAUGGCGUCUGUGUACUCGGGUCAUUCCUCCACUGGAGUACCCUCACCUGCGCCUGCCUCCGCUACCAGAGCGUCCUUUGCGCUGGGUCGAAGAGAGCGCAAGGUGCGUCACAAGCUUGCAAAGGACGUGCUCAGAGAGUCCGAACGCCCUACCACUUCGUCUAGCAGCAGAGCUGUCAGCGCAAUCGACGAAGCCCUGUGGGAGCGUGAGCUUGCUGCAGCAGAGUCUAAUGCGUCGUGGCAGACCUCGAUUGAGCAUCGACCAAGGAGGCCGCCCAUGACAAAUCGGGGCUCCACGCAAUCCUCGCAAAGCGUGGGCAUGCUCGCGUCGGGCUCAAUAGGCUCGACGGAUAGAGCUGUCAAUCCUCUUCAGCAUGCGCUACGCCGCCCGGAAGAUGAUUCUGACGAUGAGCGGUGGAUGACACGCGGUUCACGAGAGCGACAGCUGAGUUCGAGCAGCGCCGGCAGCAUCACGGGUGGCAGGCCAGUGUUCGAUCGACAGCGGCGACCAUCUUUCGAUCCAAACCCCUUGCCGCUUUCCAUGUCGCGGUCAUCGUCUGCUACAGAUCUGCAGGAACUGGUGCGCUCCUCGUCUUCGUCUUCGUCUUCGCAGCCGAGCCAGGGUCGACUUGCGCAAUGGGCCAGUCCGGUCCGGCCCUUCAGAUCUCAUGCGCGCGCAGACUCGCAAGCAAGCGCCAACAGCGUGGAAUACAUUGCGCCGUCGCAAUCUUUCACCGCUUCGCGCUAUCCCCAUCGCAUCCCCCUUGGCGCAUUCAGAGCGACAGCGGGCAAGGCUGCGACGUCGCAGUCACACGAUAUCUACGCGCCCUUGCAUAGUCCAGCUUUCAGUCAGAGCAGCGGAGGCAAGUCUCCGUCUUGGGAUGAUACGAGUGGACGGGGAAGUGCCAACGUCAGCAUUCGCAGUCGGACCUCGCAAGAAAGCGUUCAGCGCUCGCCGGUGUACCGCAACGCGUUUGAACGGACACCAAAGAAGAGCUCUGCUUCAUUGCCGUCGAUUGGGCCCGAAGCUCCCCCGGCACCCGCAGAUGCUCUCGCAGCGGCCGGAUGGACGGCUUUUCCAAGCAAUGUCGUAAAGCACGAUCAAGCAAAAGCGCAAUCGGCCAGCUCUUUACCAGGCAACGUAUCGACGGAGGAUCUCGACUUGCUUCUGGAUCAGAGGUCCCCCCUCAGUCCCUCUUCACAUUUGCGCAAACCUUCAAACGAGGACGUCUCGCUGAUGCUCAACGCCGCACGAGUUAGGCGUCCUUCGAAGAGCAGCGAUACUGUGCCGUCGAUCAGCGUGCCUUCAGAUGCCGUCUCGGAGUUUGAACGGGACUUUGAUGCGGACAGCGACGCUCAUGCGCCCAUCAAUGGGAACGAUGGCGAUGGAGACGGAGUGAUCCUCUUGCAGCUGGCUCGGAACACGUUCCAAUUGGAUGACGAUGCGCGCCUCUCUUUCCCUAGCUCUGCUGUGUCGGAAGUGGACAAUAUGAGCAUCCGGAGUGGCUCUAGCAGCGAUGGCGAAGGGAACAUGGGAGGCGUCCGACUUCGCACUAGCACAAUUCUCGAUGACGAGGAUGAAGAAGACGAGGUGGAUUACGCGAAAGCUCUGACGAGCCUCUCGCGCAUACAAAUCGACGGCUCCUCCGGUCUCUCCUCAAAAUGCGCGAAUGUCUUGCCAGAGAGCACCCCGACUCCGACGCCCUUGGCUGCAAAUGCUUCCACGAGGUCUUUUGCCGCUCAACAGCGUUCUCCGCAGGACCGCGACUUGGGCGCUCCUUCGAACACUCGCAAAAGCCCACUCGAGGACUUGCCAGCUGAAGAGGAGAAUAGCGGCGACGAGUACGAUGCUGCAGUGAACAAGACGCCGAUGCCUACUUAG